GAAAAUUUGUUUGCCAACUUUCGGUGUAAUUUGUAAACAUCAAAGAGAAUGGCAAAGAAAACAUGUCGCCGGCUGAGUCAAAGGGAUCAAGAGUUGCUUUGCGAAUUCGUGCGGAAAUCUUCUACGUGUGCGGCAUGCCAAGAGCCGGAAUAUGUGCUCCAUGGAUGGAGUAGCGGGGGCGGCGGGGUAUCGGAGUGCCUCCGGGGUCGGGAUUUUCCGGGGUCACCGCCCAGGCAUCGAAACCGAUCCCGAAGGGUGGUGGGUUCAAGGUGAACUGAGUGGCCUGGCCAGGAAAGAAAACUUCGCCAGUCAGCAUAGAUAAUACAUUGAGAAAAAAAAAGAUUUGAAAAUGAAAAGAAAAUAUUACAGAAAUCAAGUGUUUCUAGUUCA